AUGGAUGAGGACCCAUUUGGCUUGGCCGCUGACAUGCAGAGUUUGUCAGGAUGGGAACCACAGCACACCUCGAACAUCGCGCAGUCUCACGCCGCUGCAAGAACCCGGAGCACUUUGGUCAUCAGCUUCGUGGCACGUGAGGCCUUGAUGCACGUACCGCGCUUUGGGCAUGUGGACUGCGCAAUCUCGGCCUGGUCAUUUGCUGCCCUCAUGGUUUGGAAUGGAUCUUUGAUGGCAGCGGCGAUCUCUCGCUGCGUUGGGCUUAUGGACCAGCUUGAUGCGCAAAACCUGUGCAACCUUGCACAGACAUCAGCAACAUUCAGUUACGUAGAUGCUGCCUUGCUCAGAGAAACUUCGGAGCGGUCCAUGCUCAAGGUGAUGCAGCCUUCGCCACAAGAACUGGCCAACACCAGGCGGAAGUUUGUGGAAUCAGACGUGAUGACUAAGUCGUUGUCGAGUGCACCAUCCAGCGCAGUUCUCCUGAGGGCGGAGCAGAUGCAGGGGCAGGCGCUCUGCUCACUGGCAGAUGCUAGCUUGCCUUGCCAGGAUCAGCUGAUGCACUAUCUUCUUGGAUUUGUCAACAAAUUCAUCGAGGUCUGGUCACCCAACCAGUUGUGGGACGCGGGGUGCGCAGCUCGAGCUGUCAUGGUCUUUGAGGUUGACAGCCUGGGUUUGCAUGGAAGCAGGAUCCUCUGCGACAAGAUUGGCAUUCCAGAGGCAAGCCCCUCUUUCAUUCUACGGGCAACUGCUAAAAUCAGUCAAAAGCUGGCCGAGGUUGCGGUGGUGCCGCAGUCUGCUCUGUGCCGGCGACGGCCCCGAAUCCUGGCCUACGCGGAGUACCAUUUCGAAGGAGCCCAGACAAGGAGAGGGAGCUUCCUGUUGGAGAAUGGCCUUCAAGAAGGACGCGUCGCAGAUUCAAGACCAACGUUUCCUUCGGGAGGUGGCUGA